CGCUAACAUUAAGACUAACGUUAGACUACCCCCUUGACCCAUCCUUGCCAUCUCCAACUCCAACUCGCAUCUGGCAGACCCAAGCGCCACCAAAUCUAGAACGGUAUGGAGAGCAGUUCCAUAGUCUCGGUAUAUUGUGCAACAUCGUUGAUCAAAAUGAGUACAAAUACUGAGGCCCUCUCCCUCAUUCCGGGGAUAGAAGAACCAAGAGCAUCACUCUCAACACUCACUCCUCAUUCUCUCACUCUCUCAUACACUUCUCUCUCAUCCCUCCACCACCAACACCACAGCUAGUAGCCAUGGCUUCUACUCCUCCCACCGAUUACGGCAAGGAGGCCGUUCUCGAUGUCUCUGAGACACGGGAUGUCGAGACUGGCGAGGUCAAGAACGGUGGUCUCAAGCAAGAUCUCAAGAACCGACACAUGCAGAUGAUUGCCAUCGGUGGCGCUAUCGGUGCUGGUCUCUUCGUCGGUUCAGGUGGUGCCCUCCAGAAGGGUGGCCCUGCUGCUCUCCUCAUCGGCUAUCUCAUCAUCGGUAUCAUGCUUCUCUGCACAUGCUUGGCCCUGGCUGAGAUGGCUGUCCUCUACCCCGUCAACGGUGCCUUCUUCACAUACAUCGUCCGCUUCGUCGAUCCUUCAUGGGGUUUCGCCAUGGGUUGGCAAUACGCUCUCGCUUGGUUGACUGUCCUGCCUUUCGAACUUAUCGCCGCUUCCAUCACCAUCAGAUUCUGGAGAGAAGAUAUCAACAUGGCUGUCUGGGUCUCUGUCUUCCUUGUUGUCCUCAUGGGAAUUCAGAUCUUCGGUGUUCGAGGCUACGGUGAGGUUGAGUUUGUUCUCUCCAUCAUCAAGAUCUGCGCCUGUGUUGGUUUCAUCAUCCUCGGUAUUGUCAUCAACUGCGGUGGUGUUGGCGACCAGGGCUACAUCGGUGUCAAGUACUGGCGCGAUCCUGGUGCUUUCACCAGUUUCAAGGGUUUCUGCGCUGUCUUCGUCGUCGCUGCUUUCUCCUUCGGUGGUACUGAGAUGGUCGGUCUGGCUGCUGCCGAGUCUGCCAACCCCCGCAAGUCUAUCCCCAUGGCUAGCAAGCAGGUCUUCUGGCGAAUUGCCAUCUUCUACAUUCUUAACCUGUUCAUCGUCGGUCUCAUCCUCCCCGCAAACGACCCUCGCCUGAUGGGCGCCAGCGGUGCCAACACCAAGGCCUCUCCCUUCGUUCUUGCUAUCCAGGAUGCCGGUAUUAAGGUCCUCCCUAGCAUCAUGAACGCCGUCAUCACUGUUGCCGUUCUCUCCGUUGCCAACUCCUGCACUUUCGGUUCUACGCGAACCAUCCAGGCUAUGGCUGAGCGCAACAUGGCUCCUAACUUCUUCAAGUACAUUGACUCCAAGGGCCGCCCUCUCUACUGUGUUAUCCUCCAGAUCGCCUUUGGUCUCCUUGCCUACAUUGGCGCUGCUCCUCAGGGUAUGGAGAUCUUCGGCUGGCUUCUGGCCCUCACUGGUCUUGGCUUCCUCUUCGUCUGGGGCUCUAUCUGCCUUGCCCACAUCCGCAUGCGUGCCGGUAUGAAGGCUCAGGGCGUCAACCUCGGCCUCAUUCCAUACAAGACCCCCUUCGGCGUUGCUGGAUCUUACCUUGGUCUCGGUCUUAACAUCCUCGCCCUCAUCGCCUCUUUCUACACUGCUCUCUACCCUGCCUCCGGCGCCUCUCCCAACGCUGAGGCCUUCUUCAGCUCUUACCUCGCCUUCUUCUCUGUCGCCCUUCUAUACCUCGGCUACAAGAUCUGCACGCGCAAGUGGCAGAUGUUUGUCCGUCCUUCUGAGAUGGAUCUGGCCAGCGGCGCUGUCUGGCUUGAGGAGGAGGAGCCCAAAGAGCCCUUCGUCUGGGCUGACGCCCCUAAGAGGGUUCUCCGAAGCUUUUUCUAAGUAUGUACGACGGAUGAAGUUGAUAUGAUUACGGAUACCCACACUACUGGAUGAGUGAAAGAAAUGUACAUAUAUAUGAUCAUGUAAUAUUUUGAGUUUUUACCAGCAAGAAAAGCAAGGCGGUUGGCGUUCUUGAGCAUUAUCUGCACAUAUACAAUACGCAUGCAGUUUCUUCAAACA